AGCUGAUGAAUCGACGUCGCCAUUUCGAUACUAACCUAACUUAAGCCGACCUAACCCGACUUGACCACGAGUCGUAAAAGUGUUUGUGCUCCUCUCUUUCGAAGUCCUGCGUGCGUCACGAAUCAGCUACGUUAACGAGUAGACGACCGUUUAAGAAUGCCACGUGAAAUCAAGGAAAUCAAGGACUUUCUGCUGAAAGCCAGAAGGAAGGAUGCAAAAUCUGUUAAAAUUAAGAAGAACGCCGACAAUGUGAAAUUCAAGGUUCGCUGUUCCCGAUUUUUGUAUACUCUUGUGAUUACUGACAAGGAAAAGGCAGAGAAGUUAAAGCAGUCUCUACCACCAGGUUUACAAGUUAAGGAAGUAAAAAGGAGUGAACGUGUAUAAAAAAUGACUUAAAAUAAACUUUCUUCUUAAAUGA